AUGGAGAAGGUGCUCUGUCAUGGAGACAUGUGGUCAACGAACUUGAUUUGGAGAAGAGGAAAAGAUGAUGUCGACUUGGCGGCUGUCGUCGAUUUUCAGACAGCUCAUUUCGGUCUUGCCACUGCAGACAUCGUUCGAGUAAUGUGUGCUUGUAUGAGUGGCAAAGACAGGAGAGAGAACUGGGAACAGAUCCUCAAAACGUUCUACUCUUAUCUUGAGGAGGAGCUGGAGAAUUGCGUCUUGCCCUACACUCUGGAUGCGUUGAGAGAGGCUUAUCGACAAUAUUUUCCAUUCGGCGCUUUUAUGGUGGUUCCUAUGAUUGGACCAUUGUUCCAGAUGGCAAGCAAAAGCGACGAUGAGGAAUAUAAAGCUAAGGUGAGACUCUAUUCGCAGGCCAGAAUGUGCGAUCUUACAGAUCUAUCGUAG